UAUUCAAUGUCAGAUUCACAGCCUGCCUAUACUGUUAUCCAGCAGGAUGAUGGGCGAGAUCAGCCUACUUCACAAGACCUUCGCACUCGACUCGAGAAUGGCAAGGACGAGGUCAAAAUCGAGGCACUCAAGAAGAUCCUGCUACUGAUGCUCAAUGGCGACCCUCUCCCGCAACUUCUUAUGCAUGUCAUUCGUUUCAUUAUGCCUUCCAAGAACAAGGCUCUCAAGAAAUUACUGUUGCUUUACUGGGAAAUCUGUCCAAAAACGAACUCGGAUGGCAAGUUGAAACAGGAAAUGGUCUUGGUUGUAAAUGCUAUUCGUAAUGACUUGCUUCAUCCCAACGAGUUUAUUCGUGGCCAGUCGUUGCGUUUCUUAUGCAAGCUCAAGGAAGGAGAGAUUCUCGAACCUCUUGUACCAUCUGUUCGUCAGUGCUUGGAACAUCGUCACCCCUAUGUUCGAAAAAACGCUGUUCUUGCCAUCUCUUCCAUCUAUAAAAGUUUCGAAUACCUGAUUCCUGAUGCUCCAGAGUGCAUUGAAACUUAUAUUGCUGCAGAAGCAGAUCAUGCUUGUCGUCGCAACGCAUUUAUUAUGCUCAUCAACUCUAAACCCUCUGUUGCUGUCCAUUAUUUCAAUACAAUUGCAUCGCAGAUAGCAAACUUUGAUGAAACCUUGCAAUUAGCUGCCAUUGAGCUGAUUCGCAAAGACUCUCGCAAUCCAACCGCUGACAAGGGAAAGUAUAUUCAAACAAUAUUUACUUUGUUGACAGCAUCAUCUCCUUCGGUGAAAUAUGAAGCUGCUAGCACCUUGGUUACACUUACAUCACAUGUAUCUGCCAUCAAAGCUGCUGUGAGUUGCUAUAUUGAACUUGCCAUCAAAGAGUCGGAUAACAGCGUUAAGCUGAUUGUGCUGGAUCGCAUCAAUGAACUACGCGAAAAGAACGACCGCGUUCUUGAAGAUCAAGUCAUGGAUGUUUUGCGCAUUGUAUCUAGCCCUGACAUUGAAGUUCGUAAGAGAUGUCUCAACAUAAUCAUGGAGCUUGUUUCAAGUCGUAAUGUGGAUGAAGUAGUCACGUUUUUGAAAAAGGAGCUGAUCAAAACUCAUGAUCAAGACUAUGAGAAAAACAACGAGUAUCGUCAAAUGAUUAUACAAUCUAUUCAUGCAUGUGCCAUCAAGUUCUCUGAAGUUGCCGAUAGUGUUGUACAUGUGCUUAUGGAGUUUUUGGGAGAAUCCAACACAGCUUCUGCGGUGGAUGUUAUUGCCUUUGUUCGUGAAGUUGUUGAAAAGUUUCCUCAGCUCCGCUUGCCAAUUAUUUCGCAUCUUUUGGAAACCUUUGGGGAUAUGCGUACUGGUAGAGUUUUUCGCGGUGCUUUGUGGAUCAUUGGUGAAUAUGCUUUGGACACCACAACGAUUGAGGAAGCAUUCAAGCAGAUUCGGGAAUCCAUUGGAGAGGUCCCCAUUAUGGCUGCUGAGCAGCGUCUGCUUGAUGAGGAUCAGGAGACUACGGAAGUCGUCAGUCCAACUACUCCCAAAGACAAGAAACAUGAUGUUAAACCUGCUGUUCGUCGCGUUCUUGCUGACGGUACUUAUGCCACUGAGAGUGCUCUUGCGACAACUCAGCAUAACGGUAGGCUAGAUACAGGCAAAUUGUCUUCAAAGCCACCACUUCGUGCUCUUGUUCUUGGCGGUGAAUACUUUGUUGGUGCAGUACUUGCUACCACUCUCACAAAGUUGGCUCUCCGCUACGCCCAAACAACCAACAACUCCCCACAAUCCAAUGCUUUCAAAAUCGAAGCAAUGCUGAUCAUGACAAGUAUUAUCCGUGUUGGCCGAUCCCAUUUUGUUACUGCUCAUAUCGACGAAGAUUCUUCUAGUCGCAUUCAAGGAUGCUUGCGUGUACUUUCGUCUACACCAGCCGAGCCCAUCAUGGUUGAUGCAUUUCUCAAGGACUGUCGUAAUGCGUUUACUAAUCUUGUCAUUUCUCACGAAAAAACCAAACAACGCAAGACCAAGGAAAAGCGAGGAGUCAAGAUUCAAGCUGAUGAUGUGAUCUCUUACCGAUUUUUAAAGAGUAAAAAGCUGGGCGGAGAGGGAAGCGACGAAUUUGAGACUGAUCUCAUUCGUGCUACUGGAUCGGCAGAUGGAAAUGACGAGUAUGUGUCCAAGCUGAAUCGCAUCAUUCAACUUACUGGAUUUUCUGAUCCGAUUUAUGCAGAAGCCUAUGUUACAGUUCACCAGUAUGAUAUUCUUCUUGAUAUUUUAAUUGUCAAUCAGACCGAUCAAACUCUCCAAAACCUUACUGUGGAAUUUUCUACUCUUGGUGAUUUGAAGCUUGUUGAACGACCUCAACCCCAAACCAUUGGUCCACGUGGAUUCCACUCUAUUAAAGCCAACAUCAAAGUGUCUUCUACCGAAACUGGAGUAAUUUAUGGCAAUAUUGUGUAUGAUGGUGCAUCAAGCGUAGAUAUCAACUGCGUAAUUCUCAAUGAUAUUCAUAUUGAUAUCAUGGACUAUAUCAAGCCAGCUACGUGUAAUGAGACGCAGUUUAGACUCAUGUGGCUUGAAUUUGAAUGGGAGAACAAGGUCAAUGUGAAUACCAACAUAACCGAUCUUCGAAUGUACCUUGACCACGUUAUGAAAUCGACAAAUUUGAACUGUCUGACUCCCGAACAUGCUUUAGCAGGCGAAUGUGGAUUUCUUGCUGCUAACCUUUAUGCUCGUAGUAUCUUUGGCGAGGAUGCCUUGGCCAAUAUUUGUCUAGAAAAGAUUUCUGGUGAUAAAAUUACAGGACAUAUACGGAUACGCAGCAAAACGCAAGGGAUUGCACUGAGUUUAGGUGACAAAUUCACUACAACACAAAAGGGAACUGCACCAGUCAGCCUAUCUCCUACUGCCGAGUCCAUCCCAGCUGGUGAGAUGUAAAUCCCUAUAUGAAAGUAGGGUGUUUUUAAGACUGAAUCAGCAACGAUCUUGUCAAGGGAUUCUGCUCUCCUGUCUUGGGAUUAAACUACUAUCCACAUCUUACAUUUUCAAAUAAAGUAAUUUUGAUUUG